AACCCCGAGGCUCAGUGCUCCCGGCCUCGGCGGCCGCGAGCGGGAGCGACGGAACGUGUUUCCAGGCGCGGAGGCUUUGCCUAGAGCCCACUGCGGAAGAGCGCAGUCCGGCAAGCCCCGGCCCUGAGACUGGACCCUCCGCGGAGCCAGGCAGCACUGUGACCGCUUCGCCUCGCCGGACUUCCCCGCCUCCUACCCUCUCAGCCUCUGCUGGAGAGACCCACAGCCCCACCAUUCAGCGCGCAAGAUAUCCUCCAGGCCCUCAUCACCUUUUUCCAAGUCAAGAUUUCAUCCCAUACACACAUGACUCAAUCAGAUUUGGAAAUGUGGAUAUGCCCUGCGUUCAAGCCCAGUAUAGCCCUUCGCCUCCAGGUUCCAGUUAUGCAGUGCAGACCUACGGCUCGGAAUACACCACGGAGAUUAUGAACCCAGACUACACCAAGCUGACCAUGGACCUUGGCAGCACUGAGAUCACGGCCACGGCCACUACGUCCCUGCCCAGCUUCAGUACCUUCAUGGAGGGCUACUCGAGCAACUACGAACUCAAGCCCUCCUGCCUGUACCAAAUGCAGCCGUCUGGGCCACGGCCCUUGAUCAAGAUGGAGGAGGGCCGCGCGCACGACUACCACCAUCACCACCAUCACCACCAUCACCACCACCACCACCAGCAGCAGCAGCAGCAGCAACCUUCCAUUCCGCCCCCCUCCGGCCCGGAGGACGAGGUGCUGCCCAGCACCUCCAUGUACUUCAAGCCGUCCCCGCCGUCCACACCCACCACGCCAGGCUUCCCUCCGCAGGCGGGGGCGCUGUGGGACGACGCGCUGCCCUCAGCGCAGGGUUGCAUCGCUCCCGGCCCGCUGCUCGACCCGCCGAUGAAGGCGGUGCCCACGGUGGCCGGCGCGCGCUUCCCGCUCUUCCACUUCAAGCCCUCGCCGCCGCACCCGCCCGCGCCCAGCCCAGCCGGCGGCCACCACCUGGGCUACGACCCGACGGCCGCCGCCGCGCUCAGCCUGCCACUGGGAGCCGCCGCCGCCGCCGCCGCCAGCAGCCAGGCCGCCGCGCUCGAGGGCCACCCGUACGGGCUGCCGCUGGCCAAGAGGGCGGCCGCUCUGGCCUUCCCGCCGCUCGGCCUCACGGCCUCCCCCACCGCGUCCAGCCUGCUGGGCGAGAGCCCCAGCCUGCCGUCGCCGCCCAACAGGAGCUCGUCGUCGGGCGAGGGCACGUGCGCCGUGUGCGGGGACAACGCCGCCUGCCAGCACUACGGGGUGCGCACCUGCGAGGGCUGCAAGGGCUUCUUCAAGAGAACAGUUCAGAAAAAUGCAAAAUAUGUUUGCCUGGCAAAUAAAAACUGCCCUGUAGACAAGAGACGUCGAAACCGAUGUCAGUACUGUCGAUUUCAGAAGUGUCUCAGUGUUGGAAUGGUUAAAGAAGUUGUCCGUACAGAUAGUCUGAAAGGGAGGAGAGGUCGGCUGCCUUCCAAACCAAAGAGCCCAUUACAGCAGGAACCUUCUCAGCCCUCUCCACCUUCUCCUCCGAUCUGUAUGAUGAAUGCCCUUGUCCGAGCUUUAACAGACUCAACACCCAGAGAUCUCGAUUACUCCAGAUACUGUCCCACCGAACAGGCCGCUGCAGGCACAGAUGCCGAACAUGUGCAACAGUUCUACAAUCUUCUGACAGCCUCCAUCGAUGUAUCCAGAAGCUGGGCGGAAAAGAUUCCCGGGUUUACUGAUCUCCCCAAAGAAGAUCAGACAUUACUUAUAGAAUCAGCCUUUUUGGAGCUGUUUGUUCUCAGACUUUCCAUCAGGUCGAACACUGCUGAAGAUAAGUUUGUGUUCUGCAACGGACUUGUCCUGCAUCGACUUCAGUGCCUUCGUGGAUUUGGGGAGUGGCUCGACUCCAUUAAAGACUUUUCCUUAAGUUUGCAGAGCCUGAACCUUGAUAUCCAAGCCUUAGCAUGCCUAUCAGCACUGAGCAUGAUCACAGAACGACAUGGGUUAAAAGAACCAAAGAGAGUAGAGGAGCUAUGCAACAAGAUCACAAGCAGCUUGAAAGACCACCAGAGUAAGGGACAGGCUGUGGAGCCCAGCGAGCCCAAGGUCCUGGGCGCUCUGGUAGAACUGAGAAAGAUCUGUACCCUGGGCCUACAGCGCAUCUUCUACCUGAAGCUGGAAGACUUGGUGUCUCCACCUUCCAUCAUCGACAAGCUCUUCCUGGACACCCUGCCUUUCUGAACAGGAGCAGCCUGAGGGGGGAGCCUCCUCAUUGGCUAGUGCCUCCGACUUGCUAAGCAGCAGAGGAUUUGGGUCUGGACACCUACCAUUUUCUGUCCUUGCUUAAGAGAAAAAAAAAAAAAAGCAGCUCCUGUAGAAAAGACUUUUUUUUUUUUUUCUGGCACUUUUCCUUACAACCUAAAGCCAGAAAACUUGCAGAGUAUUGUGUUGGGGUUGUGUUUUAUAUUUAGGCUUUGGGGUUGGUGCGGGAGGGGAGGGUAUAGUUCAUGAGGGUUUUCUAAGAAAUUGCUAACAAAGCACUUUUGGACGAUGCUAUCCCAGCAGGAAAAAAAAAAAAAAAGGAUAAUAUAACUGUUUUAAAACUCUUUCUGGGGAAUACAAUUAUAGUUGCUUUGUAUUUAAAAACAAGAACAGCCGAUGGUUGUUCGCCAGAGUAGGAUGUGUCUUGAGGUUGAUCUUUAGAAUACACUUCCUGUGUCAAGGGUAUGUAUGUGGUGCAAACAAGGCAGAAAUUCUCUCUUCUUACUUUCUUUCUUCCUUUAUUUUAUUUUAACAAAUGGUGAAAGAUGAGGAUUACCUAUAAAUCAGACAUAGCAAAACAAUAAUGGCAGUUCGCUUCCAUAUACAAGUGCAAUUUUUAAAGUGCUGUCUUACUAAGUCUUGUUUAUUAACUCUCCUUUUUUUAUAUGGAAAUAAAAAGGAAGCAGUCAUGCUGGCAAGUGACACAUGUUAAUUUUCCUAGCAGAGGCUUUGUCCACCUGCCCUAUAGAACCCUUCUGAGGUAUGGUCCAUCCAAGAUUUUAGGCGAUUCUUAAUGGAUCCAGAUCUCUGCCCUAACUGUCCAGCUGUCCCAAAGGGGGCUCAGAUUAUAAAAUGGAUUGCAUACAACUGAGUUGGUUGUGCUCUAUCAACCCACACAGAGUUCCCUAAACUUGUUCCAGUUGAUAGCAACUAGCUGACACAUUCGUUCAGAAGCCCCAGGAGCAUUCAGUGAGUCUCACAUGUCUGAUCCGUAAAUAAGAACAUACAAAUAAGUAGGAACUGAUCAUACAGGGUAAACAUCAGAGGUAAUAAGAUUUUUUAAACAUAUAUAAUUUAAUUUUUGUUACUGGUUACAGAGACAAUUUUGGAGAGCAAGCGAGUCUUAUUUUAAAAAAAAUUAUAGUAUGAAUGUGACUACUAGACAGGAUUAGUGGGCUGCGUUUCAACAUUCCGUGUUCGUACUCCCUUUUGUAUGUUUAUACUGUCAAUGCCAUAUUACUACGAGAUAAUUUGUUGCAUAGUGUCCUUAUUUGUAUAAACAUUUGUAUGCACGUUAUAUUGUAAUAGCUUUGCCUGUAUUUAUUGCAAGACCACCAGCUCCUGGAAACUGAGUUAGAGUACUUAAAUGGGGUGUUCACAGCGACUUGGAUACACCUAUUAGAAAUUAAAUAAACAAAUAUAUAUAUAAAUAUAGCAGGUUACAUAUAUAUAUUUAUAAUGUGUCUUUUUAUUAACCAUUUGUACAAUAAAUGUUACUUCCCAUGCAGUUAUUUUAUGGUUCAUUUGCAGUGACUUUUAAGGCAGUACUGUUUAGCACUUUGAUAUUAAAAUUUUGCUUAUGUUUUGCUAAAUUCGAAUAAUGUUUGAAGAUUUUUAGGUCGAAAAGUCUUUAUAUUAUAUACUCUGUAUCAAGUCAAAAUAUCUUUGGCCAUUUUGCUAAGAAACAAACUUUGAAUGUCAAACUGAUGUCACAGUAGUUUUUGUUAGCUUUAAAUCAUUUUGCUUUAGUCUUUUUAAAGAAGAAAGAACAGAACUAUGCUGUUUAUAUUGUCAUUAAAUUAUACAAUCAAACAAAUGCCAAAUGAAUUGCCUAAUUGCUGCAAAGGGUAACCCAGAUAGCAAAGCAUAUAUGGUUUUUUUUUUUCCAACAGUCAUUCUGAUAUUUGAUCAUGUAUUAUGUUUGUGUGAGCUUUUAUAAAAGAUUAUUAUUUUUAUACCUAGGUGGUGGGGUCUGCAAUGUUAGGAUCUUGGAAUAUUAGACUUGGCAGGGGCCUGACUUGUUGACUGGUCCCCCACCCCUCCGAAACUCAUACAGGAGAAAACGGGGGCCCAGCGAAGAGUAAAGAUUACCCAAGAUCCAACAGGCUGGUUGGACCAGAACCAAGACUAGGACCUGGUUCUCCUUUCCAUAGUGUUUUUACCCAACUUACUACAUCUAUAGGAAAAUAGGCUUUUAAAAAUAACCACGACCAUUUACAUUUUACCUGAUGACCAUGAGGAAAGUAGUACUUUUGCAUUAAUUUUUUGAGCUUAUAUGCAAACAUAAUAAACAUUAUUAAAUAUCAGGAAAGUUAACAUUUCAUACAAGGUAGCUUCAGAUCAAAUUCAAAUUGAAUUUGAAUAAAUUAGAAAUGCUGUGCAUACA